CUUCUUGGAGGCAUCGACGGCCAGCUUGGCCUCUCGUUAUCCAGCCGAAUUGCAACCAGUCUCUGCGUCCACGAUUGACCGAUAUACCGGUAUAGGCUCAUCGCUCUGGACAUUGACCAGACCGAUCUUGUCCAUAUUCAUGGCCACCACAGUUUGCGCAUCCCCUCCGUGUUCCUCGACAGCAGUUGCAGCACCAGGCGAUUACGAUGAUGGAAGCGAGCCGCGCAACGAGGUUUUGUUGCCAUACUGGUGUGACUUGGGUUACAACAAGAUUGGAAAGCUCAACCCGGACAAUCUCCCAUCUUGUUGUCGCAUGAGCAAAGUUAACACGCCCAGAACUUCAAGGGCUACAGCGUUUCGGGAGUGUAUCAUGGGUACUGAUGAGCUCAGCAUAUUGAAAAUACCAGGGUUUGCGAUCUCCAGUCCAAGGCUCAGAACUGACCGAAGUAGAGGAUUCCUCUGCGCUCCAUAUGUGGACUCGCAUGGUCGAGGUUGCAGAAAGUGUUUGAUGUCCACGAAGCAGGAGAGAGGCAUCUCAGAGGAUGCUCUCCACAUACCGGCAUGUGUACCGGACACGAUCAGUGGGGUCCAAGUGUCAUUAGCUUGCACCUGGUUCUGUAGCUGGUAUCAGUUGCACGAUGCCGCGAAGCUGAGGCAAAUCUGUCAACGAUAGUGCCUACACUCUCUCAUGGCCAUCAGCGAUGAGCUUCCUUGAGCUGGUCAUGAAAAGCCUCGAGCUCCGGAGGACGAUCUUCCUCCUGAAGCAAGCAUUGAUGAACGCAUGUCUAUUAUCAGCGGCGGACGGU